ACAAGGUGACCACAAGCGUUCAAGUAACCAAACUGAGUAGACUGUGUACUGUCAGGCAUCAUAUAACAGAAAGUGUUAUAUGUUUCUUUUGCUGAAGCUGGACUUCGAAGUUUUACCAUAGAUUUCACCAGAUGAUGAAGCUAUGAACCUUGGUCGAUAUUUAUUUUGAGCGUCAGUUGUUGUCAUUAUCAUAUCUGUGGAGGCAGUUUGGGUUUUGGCGUUGUUUAUGUUUUAGGAAGUUGAAUGAAAUACAGUAGCUAUGUCAGCGGAAGAAGGACCGGAGUUACGUGAACUGAUUGCUCAAACACUAGAAAAUAAUGGUGUUUUGGCGAAAAUUAGGGCUCAGCUAAGAGCAAGUGUUAUCUUGGCAAUCGAAGACCAAGAAGCAUUUCAGACAAAGCUUCCAUUCACAAAUCAACCACUGAGAGCAUUUUUGAAGACCUUUGAAGGUGCUUUUAUAACUUGCUUGGUACGGGAGUUUUUAGAGUUUUUUAAUUUGGAUUUCACUUUGUCUGUAUUUGACCCUGAAACAUUUCAUGGAAAGGAAUACAGCUAUGGGGGACGGACAGAGCUUAUGAAAGAAUUAAAAUUACAAAACAACAGUGAAAGAAAUGCUCCAGUCCUGUCAUGUCUUCUGCAGAAUGUUUUAAAACAUCGUGAAAAGCCAACAGAAAAUGACAUAGCCAGUAAAAAGUGUGACAUACUGUCAGUACCAUCACAAGAUGCUAGUGUGGCAGACAGUGUGCCUGACACAAGUAGGAUUUUGGAUAUAAGUCUGAAUGAAGAUUCAGUUUCUGUUCAAACCAGAAACAGACAGAAGUCUCAAGAAAAAUAUGGUCCAACUGAAGAAACAGUCAGCACCAGUAAGAAGGAUGACAGUAGCAAAAUAUCAAAGGGAAGUGUGAGCCAUAAAUCAUCUAAAUCUGAGAAGCCACCACCAGCCACAGCUGGGAAAAGAGAUACUGAUUUCAGUGAUGGAAUAUAUUUACAACAUGGGAGCCAACUAACUUCACUGAGCAACUUGCCUCCCCUGACUGGCAUGCUUAAGAAUGAUGUUAGACCUACUGCAGUGCAGAUGUCUAAAAGUUCUGAAGGGGACAGAAGCAUGAAGCCAUUGAUCAAUUUGGGGAAUGAAACUGCUGACAACUAUGAAGAAGAUUUUCAGUCUUCUGUGAGUGGCAGUGGUCAGGGAGGAAAAAGUGGCAAACUUACCACACCUGGAAGCGAUACUGAGAUAGAGGAAGAUAUUGGCACUGAUGAUAUUUUGAGUAAUGCAUCAGUGACUGAUGACCUCACAGUUGAUGUAACAGCUUCAAACUUGAGUGGUGUUGGUGACUAUAUGGAGAAUAUAAGCUGACAAGAUCUCUCUACACGCUAAUUACCUGAAGAGUAUAAAAAAACAAUGUUAGGAAUUAUGCCUUGUUGUAAAAAAAUGGAGUGCUAGCAGUUUGGACUGAUAUAUGCCAUAAAACUGAUUCAGAUUUGUUCAAUACUCAUGUAUAUUUUGAAGCAUUGACUAAUAAUGUAAAAUACUGAGUGAAUAUGCAUUUCACGUAACUAAGUUCCAUUUACACCGUGUUUGUAAAAGCAAGUUAAAUAUCUGGAAGCACGCAGACUAUGUUCUCUCCUCCCUAUGCAAGUAAAUAAUCCCAAAACUGCAGAAAGAGGGAAUGAUCCAGAAUUAUAAUUGUACUAUUGUAAACAUUUUAGGAUGAACAAGAUUACACGAUCUUUAUUAAUAUAAA